ACUUAAAUGCCGCCUAGUCGCUCAUUUUGCCGUGUCAUCCAUACCGUCACUCUCUAAUUUCUCGUCGUUGUUGUUCUGGAAUGAGAAAGAUGACCCGAGCUGCCAGCCUCGCGGUCGCUGCGGCUUCAAUCGCUGCGCUGGCUAGCCGGCCGUCGUCCAGAGAGUUUCUGGCCAAAUGGAGCGGUAUUAGCGCGCCUGGAGGCGUGUGGAGGAUGCUCGCAAUUCUGCUGGCGUUGGUGAACUUGAAGAAUUUGCCGUUUGUGUGGCAUCUGCGCUUCUUCCGUGCCUUCACCUACCAACUGUACCUCCAGCCCACCCCAAUCCCGCCACACGCACUCUUCCAACCCAUAAUCACAUCGACGCGCACCCCGCUCCUAGAGACGGACUACAACCUGCACAAAUCAAACAGCACAUACUUCUCGGACAUGGACAUCUCCCGCACCCACCUCUUCACCGCGCUCAUCCGCAACGCAAUCCAGAAAUCCUCGCGUCUAUACGGGCACAAGAAGAACGAAGCCGGGGGCAUCCAAGGCGUUGGCGCAACGUCCGGCACGCGCGGCAAGCACAUGAUUGCCCUCGGCGGCAUAGCGUGUAAUUUUAAACACGAGAUCCUGCCGUAUGCGAAGUUUGAAAUGUGGACGAGAUUGCUGUCUUGGGAUCGCAAGUGGUUUUAUCUGGUGACGCAUUUAGUGAAGCCGGGGGUGGCGAGGCCGAAGGCGUUUAGUCUGCAGCCUUGGAGGAGGGUGAAGAGGGCGGAAGAGGUGGAUAAGGAGAAGUUGAAGGGUGCGAUUUAUGCAACGGCGAUCGCGAAGUAUGUUAUUAAGAGGGGGCGGAUCACGGUGGCGCCGGAGCAGGCGCUGCUGGAUGCGGAGAUGGUGCCUGUGAAGCCCGAGGGGUGGGUGUAUAAGGGUGGGGAGGCGGAGGCGGAGGCGGAGGCGGAGGCGGUGAUGCCGGAGGAGAUGGAAAAGGAGGAGUGGAGUUGGGAUGUUAUCGAACGGGAGAGGCUGAAGGGGUUGAAGUUCGCGGAGAAUUUCGCAGCGCUAGACGGUUUACAUGACGUUUUUGAUGGUGGGAGGGACGGUGUGCUGGGGGAGUAUGCGGAUUUAUUGUUUUAGUCGAGGCGGCGGUGGAUAUACCCUAGAUGGUUGCAUAGAUUUGAAGUUCGAUAGAUGUUGUUGUACUACAUCCAUAGAAGAUAUCGGCGUACCCUUGUUUCAUCA